AUGUAUUCACAACAUCGCUCACGUCGAGCAUACAAUGAUGAUGAUAUUUGUCAUUAUUCUGAUGAUAUUGAUAUCACAUGUACAUCACUCAUACACAACAACAACAAUCGUUCACCAUCCCCCGUUUCAUCUUUAACAUGUUCAUCUUAUAAUAAUACAACACUUAAUGACCGACGAGAAAGUGGAUCGCUAAUUGAUUUAUCAUCAAACGGACUAAAUAAUAGUCAUCAUCGUGAUCGUAUCAGAUAUAAUACAUGGCCAAGACAUCGAAAAGAACGACGUGAUAUUCUACAAGAAUAUGAUAAACGUCUGGGUAAAUCUGUUGUUCAAGAAUUAGGCAUUGGUAUCAAUAAAACGUACCGUAAUCCAUGGGGUAAUUUGUCGUAUGCACAAUUAAUAACACGAGCUAUUGAAAGUAGUCCAUGGAAAAGAUUAACAUUGAAUGAAAUAUACGAAUGGAUUAUUAAAUUUGUACCUUAUUUUAAAGAUAAAAUUGAUCCUAAAUCGAGUUGGGGAUGGAAAAAUUCAAUACGGCAUAAUUUAUCAUUACAUAAUCAAUUCAUUCGAGUUCCUGUUGUUAGUUCGUUAUCAAAAGGUCCAGUCAAAUAUGUUUGGACGAUAAAUCCAUCAUUUAAGAAUAAUUCACCCUAUAAAAAAUAUAGUCUUAAAAGAAAACGCGCAGCAGCGGCAGCUUGUCUAUCGUCAUCAAAUGAACAUUUAUUAUCAUCAUCUUCGACAUGUGAAUCAACGUCCAAUACUAAUCAAGACGAACGACAUCAACCAUUAUUAAAUAUGUCCAAUUAUCCAUCAGCAAAGUCGAUGCGUUUAACAUCAGAUUUUAUUCAUCAGUUAACACCUGAUCAAAAUCAUUCGAAUAAUAACAACGGUAAAAAUUCAUCAUCAUUAAAUCAAUUAACGUUAGCAGCCGCGGCUGCAGCAGCCAUGUCUAGUUUUUCAGAUUCAUCUUCACAUUUACAACCAUAUCAUGCAUUUACAUCAGCAGCGCAAGCAGCAAUGCUCAAUGCCAGCUUAAAACAACAACAGCAAAAAUUAUUGUCAAACCAAGGACAGAUGAACAGGCUACAGUCGAGUCAUGUUCAUAUUGAUGCAAAAUCAUCAGCGCAUAGUAAUAACAACAGUGGAGGUUUACCAUUUUGUUUUGAAAGUGGACUGCCUAUACCUAAAAAAGUGGCUAUCCGAGAUCGUUUCAAACAAGAGAAUCAACAACACCAUCCUGACUGGCUCUUAUCAUACAAAUUACCGCCUACAUCGUCAACAAUAUCAUCAACAAAUGGACAACACAACACAAAUAACAAUGAAGGAAUGACUAAAAUUAAUGAAUCAUCGUCAUCAUCUCAUUGUUCUUCUUUGAACUCAACAUCUCGUUUAAGAUCUUCACCAUCAUCGCAUCAUCCAUUUUUCGCAUCUAACAGUUACUAUCAGAAUAAUGCACGUCCAUUCGAUCAAAAAAAUACACGAACAAUCGAUAAUUAUUCGUCUUCUACACCGUCUCCACCUUACAAUAAUAAUAACAACAACAACAAUAAUCAUUCUCCUCAUGGUUUUAUACGUUCACCAUUAUUUGCAUCUCAAAUAAAUACAUCACUUAAAAAUGGUCAAAUUUCAGACAUUGAGUGUUUACAAAAAAGAACUAGUUCACCAAAUUUAAACGAAAAUGUGCGUUUAUCAACAUUAUUAAAUAAUCGUUCUUCUUCUACGCGAGAAUCAUCUAUAUCGCCUACAUCGUUCGUCAGACAUGACACUUAUUCUACAUAUAAUCGUGAUAACAAAAUGCAAACGCGAGAAAAUAAUAGUUCGUCUUCAUCGUCAGAUCAAGAAAGAUUUUUGGUUCAUUCAAAAUUUUGGCAUGCAGCCGUUACUGCAGCAGCAAAUCUCAGUCAAACACAGCAGCAACAACACCAUACUAAUGCUAUUAAUGGACUUCAAAAUUAUAUUAACCGAACGGGAAAGAUGUAUUUAAAUCCGGAAACAUUAAAAAUGUUACCAACCGCUAAUACCAGUAAUAAUGGAAAUUAUGAUGCAACCGAACACGGUUACGGUUAUAAAUUAAUUCGUUCAUCUUAUCCAAGCUCAUCGUCAAAUUUGAUACCACGUUUUGUUCGACAUAAUUUAACAACAAACUCUAAUGUUCUUCUACCAACAUCAUAUCAAAAUAAACCUUCAUUGGAGAAUAUAAGUGAAACAUUAACCGCUUAUAAUAAUUAUCGGCGACGAUCAUCAGGUUUUUCAUCGACAACAAGCCAUGGUGGUGCAAGUGAGGAGGAAGUUGAUUUAAAUGAGACAGAAGAAUCGCCACCAAGGAAAGAUUCUAGCACGAGUAAUUGUUCAAGUGGUUAUGAGUCAUCAUCUCAUUUGAAUCAUAAUGGUCGACAUUCUCCGACAACACGAUCCGCUUCUGGAUCAUCAAUAACAUCUGAAGCGUCUUCAUCAAUCUCACAUCAUUAUAAAACGUUAUCAACAACAAUGGAACAAGCUGAAGACGAAAAUGGAAUAGCAACGUUAUCAACAAUAACAACAAGUACAGGAGAUAUUGAAAUGUAUGAUCAAGCUAAAGCACUAACAGGAGGCUAUGUUGAUGAAUUAAUGGAUCGUAUAAGAAAAAUGCCACCAAAAAAACGUUCAAAAUUCUAUAAAAUGUUAGAUGAAGAACGAUUGAGAGAUAUCAAUAAUGGUAGUAGUACGAGAACAGAAAUAAAAUCAACUGAAGAAAAUGAAUCAACCAUCUUAAUGACGAUGUCAACAGAAAUAACGGAAGAUAACGAAGAAGAUCGCACCUUGAUCGAAAUGGAUUCCAAGGAUUCAGAAAAACAGAGCGGUGAAACAUCGGAUGAAGACGAUAUUCAAAAUGAUGAUUUAUUAAAUGAAAGAAAUUAUAAUGAAUUACAAAAUAAGAACGGUGUUAGUUCAUCAUUAUCUGUUUUAGAUCUCUUAGCUUAUUGCAAACAACAGCAACAUGAAAAUAAUAAUACAAAGUCUAAUACACUGUCAGAUGUUUUAACGAAUAAGUUAGCAUUAGGCAAUGCGAAUGAAAAUCAUCUCAGAUUCGAAAAUUUUUUAUUAAAUAAUAAAAGCAUUGGUAUAAUAAAUGCGCGUACAAUAUUAAGACGAAUGUUGCAAAAACCAGCGGAACUUGGAUCUUCCAAACCGGCCAUAGAAACAAUGGAUGAUCUCCAACAACAUCGACAAUCACCAUCAAAUGGUGAUGAUAAUGAAGAAGAUGAUAACGACAUCUCAGAUGAAAAUAAGUUAUCUUCAGGAAUGAUUGUACAACGUUCAAAUAGUCAUAAUCCAUCGGGCGAUUUAUCACCGUCAGAAUUUUCAGUAAAUUCAAGCUCUCCCGAAACAACAGCAACUCAACAUUUAAAUAUAAUAACAAAAACGGCAUCAUCAUCAUUUCAUCCGACUCGACCAUCGAGUACACCAUCCUCAUUAUCUGCAUUUUCAUUUUGA